UAGUACCGUUGGAUCCGAAUCGGAAUGUCAGAACACCACCGUCUCACGACUCUCACCGAAUACGUUCUGUUUUUUGGUGCGAUCGUGUACAGUUUUUUGACUUCUUAUCGCCAUUGUAGAUUCCAAUACGAAAUCAAAUAGAAAUCCUUCGGUUCAAUUCUUUCUCCCUCUCUCGUUUUUGUUAGGAUCUGUUUAGAGUGUUUUUCUUCUAAAGGGGUUCUCUUGAUGUAUAAAUUUCUGAUACAGUACAAUUGAACCUCCCAGUCUCUCGAUUUGAAUGCUCUGUGUUUCGUUUUUCAUCAUUUCUGCCUGUUAGCUUCUUAGGGUUCCCUGCUCCUCUUGCCCAGAGAUUAUGGACAAUGCCAAGGAAGCUAGCGUUGAAGCGAAAGCUAACGAAGAAAACCCUAAUCCUGCGACGGGAGCAGAACCCGAAGCAGAAGCCGAAGCCGAAGCCGAAGCCGAAGCCGGAUCAGAUUUGCCUGUGACUCGGCAGGCUUCUAGGACGCCGUUCACGAGCCUCAGCCAGGUUGAUGCGGACCUUGCUCUCGCAAGAGCUUUACAGGAACAGGAAAGGGCUUAUAUGAUGUUGAGAAUGAACGGCGAAGCAAGUGAUUAUGGAAGUUCGGAUGCUGGUAGUUUUGCGGAUGAAGACGACGAUGAAGAUGAGGAUGAGGAUGAGGAUGAUGAUGAUGGUCCGAACGAGGAUGAAAAUGCUGGGACUGAUGCGGAAGAAGAUGCUUUUGAUGUGCAUGCCCAUGCAGAUGAAGCGGAUGAUGAUCAGGGUAAUGAAUUCGAUAACGAUGAAGCCUAUGCAAGAGCCCUUCAAGAUGCUGAAGAGAGAGAAUUGGCUGUCCAUUUAAUGACCCUCGCUGGGAUAAAUGACUGGGAGGCAGAAGACACCGAAGACCAUGGUAGUAACUCUCAGGAUACCUGGGAAGAGGUUGAUCCAGAUGAGCUGUCAUAUGAGGAAUUGCUUGCAUUGGGUGAAGUAGUUGGAACUGAGAGCAGAGGACUUUCUGCUGAAAUUAUAGCAUCUUUGCCUUUAGUUAAUUACAAAGCACAAAGCAGUUCGGAUGGAAGUAAUACAGAUCAGUGUGUAAUUUGCCGUUUGGAUUAUGAGGAUGGUGAUGCCUUGACUCUGCUUUCAUGCAAGCAUUCAUAUCACCCAGAGUGCAUAAACAAUUGGCUUCAAAUAAAUAAG